ACACUUUGUUGUUUAUCACAAAAAAUUUCUUCAAAAAAUAGACGAACUUUAAAGUUAACUGAAUACCGAUUUAUUUAGUUAAAUUAAAGAUUAGAGCAAUUUGUAUAUUCGUGAUUACUUUAUUUAGUCUUAUUGGAGCAAAAGAAGUUGGACUGUCAAGUGAAAGCGUGUAAAGAAUGCAAAGGAAAACGAAGAAGUUCCUAAAAGAAAAUUUUAUUCCUGAACAUGUUUGUUUCCUUCUUGAGUGCUACGGAAUAACUUUUUUACAAGACUUGCUUGAGUUUAAUGAGCAAGAUAUAUUAAAUAUUGAAGAAGACAUUAGAAAAGGUGGAACACUUAUUGGCUUGCCAGACUUCAAAUCAAAAGCUACUUGUAAGAAAUAUUUGGGAAUUAAAUUUUCCAAAAAUGUUAGCAAGUUUACAUUCCGCCCGAUGGACAGGAAGAAACUUUUGCUUUUAUCAGCAGCUGCAAGGGAAGAAAUUGAUCCUUCACAGACAAAUUCCCCUGGUUUCAUUGUCGAGGUAAAAUUAGAAAACCCAGACUAUGAAGCUGAUAGUUUUCCAAUGAACAGCACGAGCAGUGACAUGUUCAGAGAAAGUUGCGGUGACGACUUUAAGCUUAGUGAAGGUGUUUUUGCUAAUUAUGUUGCGGCAAUAGAAUGCACAGAACCGAAUCGAAAGAAAAGAAAACAAAUUUUAUCACAGGAACAAAAGGAAACAGAAAUUCUUCAAAAAAUUGAGGCAUAUAGUAGGAGAGCUAUUCAGACUGCAAACAACAUAUGGGACAUGACUAAUAUUGAGGAACGUGUGGAUGAAAGCCACAUUGACUCAAGAUAUGAUGAGAAUAAAGAACGUUAUAUAGUUUCUGUACAAUGUCUCCUAUGUAAUACAAAAAUUGUAUUUAACCAGACUGCAUAUUCGUUGUCAGAAAAACCUUUAAAAAGUGAACGUCGAGAUGAUGGAGGAGUUGAUCUUGAGACACAAUUCAUUUUACGAGUUCCAGAAGAACCUGCAACAGUUUUAAGAGAAGCUAUUCAAAGUGGAGCCACAAAUUUGAAAGAAAGAUUAAGUAUAAUGCUAGAAAAUGAUUUGAGAAAGGGAAUGGUUCGCAUAGAUGAUCGAUAUUUGUAUGCUAAAGUGGUAGACUUGCCAUGUAUUAUCGAAUCAUUGAAAACAAUCGAUAAAAAAUCUUUUUAUAAAACAGCGGAUGUUUGUCAAAUGAUGAUUUGCAAGGAGGAGCCUGAUCCUGUUACAGAUGAUGAAUCGCCUCAGAAAAAUAAGAAGAAAGAUCCAAAUAAGGUCGACAAGAAGUAUUUAUAUCCUCAUGGAAUCACUCCAUCACUGAAAAAUGUAAGAAAAAGAAGAUUCCGUAAAACUCUGAAGAAGAAAAAUGUUGAGUUACCUGAAAUUGAGAAAGAAGUCAAACGUUUGUUGAGAGUCGACAAUGAAGCAGUAAAUGUGAAAUGGGAAAUUGUUGAAUGUGAAGAACCGCAAGAACCUGAAAAAGAUUCUGGACGUGAUACAUCAGGAAAGAAAAAUGUAGCAUCAACAAGCAAAACAAAAGCAAGCAAAGUCUCAACUAAGAACCUUCCAGUUGACGAACAUCACAUUUUUGGAGAAGAAGUUUCUGAUUCAGAAGAAGAAGAUGUGAAUGUAACUGGACAGGAUCUUGAUGUCGAAGAUACAAGAUUGUCAGAAGAUUCUCGAUCACGCUUCAGUGAUUCCAAUUCAAUGAUGCAAGGAUUGUCUCUGAGUAACAGUCGAAUGAUGACAGAGUUCAAGAGUAACAUGUUUGAAAGUGGUCCAAGCACAAGUUCACAACAAAUUGAUGAAGAAUACAGCGACUUCUUAGAACCAAAGGACCUCAAUGAAAGCGCAAAAAUAAAUGAAAUUCGUCGUGAACUUCAUGAUCUUCGUAACCAACAGAAUCAAAUUGAACAAGAAAUUCAAACGAUUGACAACAAGAAGUUGAAGGAGCGUCUUCAGGAAGAUAUGGACAAUCUGAUGGGAACAAUCAUAAUGAAAGAAAUGGAACUUGAUGAAUUGUUAGCCACUUCACAACUACAAUAA